AUGUGGGCAAUCACCCGCCUCGAGUCUGCUGAUACCGGACUUGUCAGUUUCAUCAUGCUCUCGCUCCUCUACACCUUAAUUUUGACUGCCACGGCAGCUCUUGGGCAGAAUACGACUUGCCCAAGUCUCCCAACUACAAUCAAUUAUGCUGCGAAUCCUAAGCUUCCUGAUCCGUUCCUGCCUCUGAGUGGCAGUCGCAUCACUAGCAAAGCGCAAUGGCCUUGCCGCAAAGAAGAGAUCCGUCAGCUGCUGCAGCGCUAUUCCUAUGGUGUCUUGCCUACAACAAAGCCAACUGUCACGACAACGAUGUCGGGCACAACGCUCACCAUCAAGGUCGCCGACGGAGGCAAAUCAAUGAGCUUCUCCGUAACCAUCAAGCUCCCAACCUCAGGCACAGCACCCUACCCAGCCAUCAUCGCCUACGGAGGUGCCAGCAUCCCGAUCCCCAACACCGUAGCCACAAUCACGUACCAGAACUUCGACAUGGCCGCCGACAACGGGCGCGGAAAAGGCAAAUUCUACGACCUCUACGGCAGCUCGCACAACGCGGGCGGCCUCAUCGCCGCAGCCUGGGGCGUCGACCGCAUCAUGGACGCCCUCGAAAUGACACCGACUGCUAAGAUCGACCCCAAGCGCGUCGGCGUAACAGGCUGCUCCCGCAACGGCAAAGGCUCCAUCAUCGCCGGCGCCUUCGUCGACCGCCUCGCCCUCGCCCUCCCCCAAGAAGGCGGCCAAUCCGCCGCAGGCUGCUGGCGCAUCGCCGACGAGAUCCAAAAGAACGGCACGAAAGUAGAAACCGCGCACCAGAUCGUCAACGGCGACUCGUGGUUCAGCACCGACUUUUCGAAGUACGUCGAUGCGGUGCCCACGCUGCCGUGGGAUAACCACAUGAUGCACGCGCUGUAUGCGGAUCCGCCGCGGGGGCUUUUGGUUAUCGAGAACUCGGCGAUUGAGUAUCUGGGUCCGACGAGUAAUUACCAUUGUGCGACUGCGGGGCGGAUGGUGCAUGAGGCGUUAGGGGUGAAGGAUCGGUUUGGGUUGACGCAGGUUAGCCACUCGGAUCAUUGUGGUUUUCCGAGUGCGAGCCAGGCGCCGUUGACUGCAUUCAUCAAUAGAUUUCUGCUGAAGCAGGAGGUUAGUACGGAUAUUUGGAAGACGGAUGGGAAGUUUACGAUUGAUGAGGGGAGGUGGGUUGAUUGGACGGUUCCGAAGUUGUCGUGA